AUGCAGCCAAUUCCAAUGCCUUUUUGGAGAGACCACAUCGAGGGAUACUUUAACAACUACACUAAGGCUGUCAUCAUGUUCAAUGAAAAGGUUUAUAAAGUUGAUAUCUUUCAUCACUAUGUUGAUCUAAGUUUAGUUGGAGAAGUUCAGCAUGUAGAAUGGAGUAAGAUCCAGACACCAACUGACGAGGUUGUGGUGCCUUAUGAUACCCUGGCCCUUGUACCUGAAGGCACAAGCCAUACUAUCCAAGCAAAAGAGAGGUUCGGGUCGCGGGUUUUUGGUGACGCGCGGGUCGCGACUAAUGCGAGGCGCUCGGGCCGGAGGCCAUAA